GGACCACUCAUCGGUACACCGGAGGGCUAUCAUGACUAUUUAUAACCAGCUAUUCUCUGUUAUCAGUUCUUCUGUCGCUCCACCGUGCCGUCGUCGGUUGUAACGCCGCGGUGUGAGACAACAACGAGCCGGGUCGAGCGGGAUGUAGAAGGAAGCUGGUAAAUUGAGCCGUUUGUAAGUUUCCCGUUUGCUCCAGCUUGUAUUUUUAGUUGUUUGGGUUGCGUGGCUGGCGAGUUUACCGUGCUCCCGGCUUCGGUACCACCGGGAACCUAACACAGAACAGGACAGAACAGUACAGGACAGGACGGUAUGUUGCCUUAUUGACCCAGGUAACAGUUAGUUUGUGUGUUUCGGCUCGGAGUGUGUGUAUUUGUGUAUGUGUGUGAGGGGGGGGGGGGGGGUCUUACACACAUACAUGCCGAGCUGACGUCGACUGCGCCGCGUCCGGUUUCUGUGGUUGUUCCUGCGGAGUGGUGAAAAAAAAAUUGUGGUGUUCUGUUCGUGAUCCGUACUUACCCGGUGGUAACGAGUAGUAAAAUGUGAGAAAAGCCAGGGUCGGAAAUGUUCGUCAGGGGUGGAUGAGAGGAGAGGAAAGGGGGAGGCACCUGUGAGACGGAGCAGGUCAGCCUACCGCGGUGUCAAGUUUGCGUUAAUCACGGCGCGGUUCAGUUUCAGACAUAUUUGUCAAGCGGAGGAGUCAUCAUCGGAUCCGCUCCAGCCGCUGCUCCGAGCCACAUUAUGACUACGCGUUGUUGUCACGGACUUAACUUGUGAGGUGAGCUGUGACCCUUCUUAGUUUCCCCGUGCACCUGCAUGUACCGUGGGCAGCCCGGCCUGUUGGAGAGGCGUCGUGCUAAGAGACUGUGCUGCACUAGGAGAACCCAUGGCUUCUGGUCCUCCAUCUCCCUCUGAAGGCCGCAGGCUUAGGCUGCUGGAGUUGCUGCUUGGGCCUCUGUUGGUCUUGUUGGUUUCUGGGCUGGGACCAGCACUGGGUCAGAAGAUCUACACCAACACAUGGGCUGUCCACAUACCUGGAGGUCAGGAGGAAGCUGAUCGAAUUGCCAGUAAACAUGGGUUCGUCAACUAUGGACAUGUAUUUGGCGAUUAUUAUCACUUCCGGCAUCGCACAGUGGUGAAGAGAUCGCUGUCAGAUCACAGGGGGACACAAGUCCGUCUACUGAGAGAUCCCAAGGUGACUUGGGCAGAACAGCAGGUGUCGAAACGGAGGAAAAAGAGGGAUACUUUUGUGGAACCCUUAGAUCCCAAGUUCAGAGAUCAGUGGUACCUGUACAACAGCAACCACCGUGACUUGAAUGCCAAAGCUGCGUGGCAGUUGGGCUACACAGGUAAAGGAGUGGUGGUGUCCAUCCUGGAUGAUGGAAUUGAGAAGAAUCAUCCUGACCUGAUGCAGAACUACGAUCCGGACGCCAGCUACGAUGUGAAUGAUGGCGACCCAGAUCCUCAGCCCCGAUACACGCAGCUUGAUGAUAACAGGCAUGGUACACGAUGUGCAGGAGAAGUGGCAGCGGUAGCCAACAAUGGGAUCUGUGGAGUCGGUGUGGCCUACGAUGCCAAGAUUGGAGGUGUGCGUAUGCUGGAUGGUGAGGUGACUGACAUGGUGGAGGCUCAGUCUCUCAGUCUGAAUCCCCAGCACAUCGACAUCUACAGCGCAAGCUGGGGCCCAGAGGAUGACGGCAAAACUGUCGAUGGACCUGCCAAACUUGCCAAAGAAGCUUUUCUGCGUGGAGUUACAGAGGGCCGUGGCGGUUUGGGCUCCAUCUUUGUGUGGGCUUCUGGGAACGGAGGGAGGGAGAAGGACAGCUGUAACUGCGACGGCUACACUAACAGCAUCUACACCCUGUCCAUCAGCAGCUCCACCCAAAACGGCAAUGUCCCCUGGUACAGCGAGGCUUGCUCCUCCACCCUCGCCACCACCUACAGUUCGGGGAACCUGAACGAGAAACAGAUCGUGACUACAGACCUCAAAUCAAAAUGCACAGACUCCCACACGGGCACCUCUGCCUCUGCCCCACUGGCUGCUGGGAUCAUUGCUCUUGCACUUGAGGCCAAUAAAAACCUGACCUGGAGGGAUAUGCAACAUCUGGUUGUACGAACUUCUCACCCUGCCCACCUGCUCACCAACGACUGGAGAACCAAUGGGGUUGGGCGCAAAGUUAGCCAUUCAUAUGGUUAUGGUCUACUUGAUGCCAGUGCAAUUGUAGCACUGGCAAAGACAUGGACCAGCGUGGGACCACAGAGGAAAUGUGUGAUCACCAUGGUCUGUGAGCCAAGGAAUAUUGGCAGCCAUUUAUUGAUUAACAAGAGUGUGGACGCCUGCAUUGGAACAGACAAUCACGUGACCUCAUUAGAGCACGUUCAGGCACGGCUCACUCUGUCCUACAACCGGAGGGGAAACCUGGCUAUUCACCUCAUUAGUCCUACCGGCACGCGCUCCACGCUGCUCCACCCCAGGCUCCACGACUACUCAUCAGAGGGUUUUAAUGACUGGGCUUUCAUGACCACCCAUUCUUGGGAUGAGAACCCGGUGGGGGCGUGGACACUGGAGAUUGAGAAUGUGGCUGGUGCCAGUGACUAUGGCACUCUGACCCAGUUCACCCUGGUGCUGUAUGGCACCAGCUCAACAUCCUCCAGCUCUUCUGACAAGCCUCAGGCUGGCAACGGCAGCUGUAAGACCCUGGACCUGAGGCAGAUAUGCAUCGAGUGCAACGCCGGCUACUACCUCUUUCAGCAGGGUUGUGUCAAAGAAUGUCCAGCAGGCUUCUCGGUGGGCUCCCAGCCCCUCAACUACACAGUGGGAAACUUUAUAUCUCCAGCUUCCGUCCCAGCCUGCCUGCCCUGCCUACCGCCCUGCCUGACCUGCAGCAGCCUCAGCCCUCAGGCCUGUCUGUCCUGCCCCCCUCACAGCUCCCUGGACCCCAUCUCUGGCACCUGCCUGCACCUCAACCAGUACAUGCGUGAGUCCCCCGGUAGCUUCAUGGUGGGCCAGGGGAAUCCAGGAUUGCAGCUGCAGCUCAGCUCCCAGCUGCCCAUCACCAUUGCUGUGCUCAGCUGCAUGGCCAUCAUCGCCACCUUUGCUGGCAUCUUCCUGAUGCUGCAGCUGCGCUCAGGCGCCCUCAUCAAGCUGCCCUCUCUGGAGGCUGGCAGUGGUCUCGGUGGCAGCUUCAGCCUGGGGGGAAAUAGGGUGGUGUCGUACCGCGGCAUCCCGACAGUGUGGGGGGAUGACGGGGUAAAUACAGACUCCGAAAACGAGGAGUUUGACGUCCAAAAUGAGAGGACUGCCUUUAUCAAAACACAAAGUGCUCUUUAAUGCCUCUCCCACAUCCCUCCUUCUCUCUCGCUUUUAAAAUCCCUUCAGCCCCAUUUGUCUGAUAAUUCAGGGCUGUGGUAACUGUCCUUUCACAGUCUUUUCUGGUUUUAUCACUCAUCCCUUUAUUUCUUUUUCUGUCUUACCUGGUUUUCAUCUGAGGCCUGCUUUGGGAUCUUGUCUUCCACUCUGCUGUGGGAGACCUGAUGGGAAGCUGCUGUCUCUCAGAGCUCGGGAUGGCCCGAGCUUUGCUUUGUUCACACUUCAGCGCAUUUCUAUUAAACUGGUUCUCUCCCUCCUCUUGCCCUCAAUCACUAACAGUGUCUGUCUGUGCAGAGUCCAUUUUCCCCUCUAGCUCAAGCUCCUUUUUGUUACAGUAAACAAAUGAUUAUUAUUUCCUUUCUUUUUUCUCUUUCCAUCAGUUUCAGUGCAGUAGCCAGACGAGAUUGCUGAAUGUGAAGAGUAGAGAUGUGUGUACGUAUGUGUCUGUGUGUGUACAUGCGCAUGUCCGAAUGAAUGUGUGACUGUGAACAUGUAAACAGUGUAGUGCCCUUUACAGAGAAACUAAAGGUGGCCCUGUCACAUUUAGUACUUUAACCAAAAAAAAAAGUGAUAACAAAAAAUUGCAUUAUGCAGCAAGAAAUCUGAUUUGCAAACGCUGAUUCUCUCCAGUGUCGUUUAGUGGCAUCAACAUCCAAAAUCUGUUCAGAAAAGGACCACUUAUCUGUAGUGAUUCACGUUUUUAAAGUACAUUUUAAAACUCAAAAGCAUAAGAAUUGAAAAGGAAAUGUCCAGACUUUAAUGCUUUAAAAUUAUGUGUCACCAGUCAGAGGAACAAAACAGACUGUCUGGAUAGCUUUCUGGAUACAUCAUCUCUGUCAUCUUUCUUUUCAUGACGAGACAAUAAUUGUAUUUACUUUAAACAGAAUCCAUCCUUCAUGCAGUCACUCUUUUCAUCUGUAUGGUUAUUGUUCUAGGUGUGAUGGGGGCUUUAGAUCUCCUAUUGUGCAGACAAUCUGGAAGGAUCUCUCUCAGCUCUGGCAGAACAAACUGUGGUUCACACAUCUAACAAAGCUUCCUUCAGCCCUUUGGGAUUCACGAUGGUCUGAACUUAUUCUGGCUUGGAAACUAUAAAUUCUCACCAGCCUCAUAACCACCCAGCUAUCACAUGGAAGGGUAUCACAAAAGAUAAAUUAAAGAAGGAAAAAACACACACACACACACUCACAUAUAGGCUACUUGAUCAACCCUCAGGCACAGUCCCUUCCGGGGAUAUUUAAUUUCUGUGUCUGAUGUGUUCACAACCCGGGACUGAGCAAGAAGCAGUCGAGGUGCUGAUGGGACCCAGAACAAAAUGUGAUUGUUGAGCACAAGAGCUUCUCAAAGCAGCUGGCAGGUGUUGAGUUACCUGUGACUGAUUUCUUGACACACAGCAGAAACCCUCACAGUACAUCAAGGCGUUCCCUUUUGUCAGAAUAUAUUAGUGUUUAAAACACACAUUACACACAUAAAUACACAUAUACACACUUCAUGUUCAUGUGUGUUCGAGUGGAUGGGUGGGUGGGUGUGAGUGUGUGUGUGUUCGUUUAUUGCAUACGAGGUUGAGAAAUGUUAAUCUGCCCUCUGACGCAAAGGUUUCCUUCCCUCCCUCGUCUCACAGUUUUCGCUCUUUCAAAUCUUGAAUAUCGUUUAGGAAUCCUGCAUUGAUACUCCACGUCUCAUCAGCGUCUCUGCACUUACCCUCCAAUCUUCAUCUAGUCUGAAUUUCAGAUUAUUUCUUUAGCAUACUUGCCAAUUAAUUAUACUCUGAAUGAUACUGCAGCAAAGUUAUUUAUUCUGAGAGAUUUUAAUCAUACCUUUAGGGAAGAUUGUUUUAAAGUGAUUUUUCCCCCCGGGCUGGUUAUCAUCUAAAAUAUGCACCUCAUGAUUUAAUCCAGUGUAGCCAUUUUGAAUCCAUUGAUCUCUUUUUCUACUAUGUUGAAAUUAUUAUGAUUUUUUUUUUUUUUUUUCAUUUCCAGUACAGAAACAGUGGAGCUUGCUGAGAGAGGUUGUCAUGGUGAUGACAUGCAUACAAAACUGCAGCUGCUCAUCCUUUUAUCUACCUCUCAUACCAUUCAGCAAGGUUUCAUACGCCAUCAGAGGAGCUGUUAAAUGAUUAUAGAGGUCAAAUUAUAUGUAGGUCAGAUAUGAAAAUGCCUCUCUGGAAAGGUUUAGGAGGAUAGGCAUGUCAAAUUUAUGUUUUAGAAGAGAAACAAGCAAUUGCAAUUCAGAAACUGUAAAGCUGCUGUGUAAAUUCUAGUCCCCUGAAACUCCUAUCUCUCCUCAAAUUUAUUGCCUUUAUGAUCAGCAUUCAUGGGCAGUCACACCUGGGCUUUAAAACCUGUUAUUGAAAAUAGAAGGAUUGUCCAUAGGUUUUGUCGGCCAGCAUUUUAAGUGCUAAAUCAACCUAAAAUAGUUAGGAGCAUCUGUUUUGCUCACCUCUUAUACACAGUUUCUACCCAGAUGGCUCCACCUGGGGUUAAGACCUUUUUUUUUUCUUUCACUGACAAUCAAACAAUUUUCUUGUUUUGUGGGUGGGAAGGUGUACAGGCACACAAAACAAAUCAAUUUUAAUUUAACCACUUGUGUUGGGAAGCCUUCUCAGAAGGUAUUAUUCAUAAAUACGUAGAGCUGAAUGUGAUUUAAAUAGCAAAAGUGUUUUCAAAGAGAAAGAAAAAAAUAUAUAUUUAAAAACUCACAGCAGAGAAUUCAAACCCAUACCUGCCAAAAGUUCUGUUCAAAAGGAUGGAGAAAGACUAGUAUGUAUCCUGUCAAACACAGCACUGUGCCAGGGAAGCUUAAUUCAUCUCAGAUGGCCGGUGCAGGUGUAGCACAUUUGGCUUAUCGCUGCAGUUUCAGCCAGGAAGCACUAAACUGGAUUGGAAACCAACCCGAGAAUGUGGAUUUAGAGAAAAUGCCCUCAAAAGGAACAAAGCUAAUGUGGCUACGGAAUAAUGAGCGUGUGCUGCAUGGCUUUGUGUGAUGUACAUUAGUGCCUACUGCCACUUAGGCUUCGAUUAGCCCCAGUUUAAAGAGGGUGCUAAUUUAAAAAUGUAAUAACUACAGCCUCAGACUUGAGCCACAAGAUGUUAUUGACUUCCCAGCUUGGUGUGAAGUGUGUAAACAACAGAUAAUGGGCUAAUGCGGCGCCAAAAUUGCUUCCAUAAACUAUUUUCUAAAACUCUAGAGGCUCAGAGUUUGCUUUUUUAGAAGGACUGUAUGUGGGACUUUGACCAAUUUGUUGCAAUUAGUAUGGAUAAUUGAUUCUCAGUCUAGUAAACAUUGUAUAUUCUGCAAAAGAUUUAUAUUGCUUUCAGAAAGAAUAAAGUUUCUCCCAAAGUGCAACAUUUUGGGAUGUUCAGAUCUUAGCUUGAUGUUGUAUUCACUAGAGCUUGAUAAACUCAGAGCUCUGUGCAUUCAGGUGUCCCAACUUUUAAGGAAAUCACGAGUGCAGGCAGCAUUAAGUACCUAGUGCUUCCAAAGCACAGGGAGCUGCAGAAAACCAUUAGCAGCCAGCUUAUUCCUUUCACCGCAAGAAUGUGAUGGAAAGAACACACUAAAAAAAGAGGAGGUUCCCUAAUUGUGCCGGAAAGCAGUUCCUAAUUGUAAGGCUACCACUUCGCUGGCAUUAAAGUGUGAAGGCUUUUAAUGUAGAAAGUAACAGGAAUGUCACAUAAAAAUCUGCUCGUUGCAAAUUUUCUCCUCUGAUUAUAGAGAGAAGGCUCCCUCGUGGGCACGAUGGAGGCUUUUGUCUUUAUACCACUGAUUUAUGUCAUGUGGAGCUCGAUGUUGCUUCAGUCCUGCCUUAGGACGUAGUCUGAUCAAUAUGAAGUCGGAUGGAGUUAAUAGGAGCAAUAUCUUUGGCAUAACCAAAGACAAUCAUUUUUCAGUGCUGUCUGUUUAGUGUUUUAGACGUGCUGCGUUCAGGUUGUCACAGUCCAUCGACCCCUUCACUUGUGUUCAAAGUGUUUUGUUGAUAUCAUCCUGUCAUCUCUGCCCUUUUUAAGAUCUGCGGUGACACCCUGUAUGUUCAGCAGCUGUGGAGGGAGGAGGUAGAAUGUAUCCCAUCUCCAUUAACUUAAGGGCUGAAUCAGAUCUGCGUGCGUCAUUUUGUGUGCACAUGCUUAAGUAUGAAUAUAACACUUUGUGAUGGGGAGGGGGGGCGGUUAGUGGAGCAGCCUCAGACGACUCUGUCGACCUCCUCCCGCCUUUUCAUGAGGUUCCGGGCCUGUGGCUGCACACAGUACCUUACAGAUUUGUGACAUAUGAUUAAUGUACAAGAAUGACUAUCUUACGUGGGACAUAACUCUAAAAUAAGGCCUAUUUUUGUACUAUAUGAAUGGUGCAGUGUAAUUUUCUUGUAAUUUAAAGAUUUUUUUUUUUUGCUCUGGUUUUUCUCCUUUUUAUUUAAUUGAUGUCAAUUAUAGAUUCUACUAAAAUAAAGAUCUAUGCAAAUUUGAA